AUGGCAGAGACUUCAGUGGAUCCCUCAUCUUUACCUGUAAUAAGGAAAAAGAAAAGUUUAUCCAUUGAGGAAAAAAUUGACAUAAUAAGUGCUGUGGAAAGUGGCAAGAAAAAAGCAGAUAUUGCAGCAAAAUAUGGCAUAAAGAAAAAUUCAUUGUCUUCAAUUAUGAAGAAUAAAGAUAAGGUUCUAGAAGCCUUUGAGUCCUUACGAUUUGAUCCUAAAAGAAAAAGACUAAGAACAGCUUUUUAUACAGAUCUGGAAGAGGCAUUAAUGAAGUGGUACAGAAUUGCUCAGUGCUUGAAUGUACCAGUAAAUGGCCCAAUGUUGCGUUUCAAAGCUAAUGAUUUUGCUCAGAAACUUGGACAUUGUGAUUUUAAGUGCAGUAACGGCUGGCUUGAUCGUUUUAAAUCAAGAUAUGGUUUAGUAUUCAGAUCUCAGUCUAUAGAACCUGUGGCUACUACAGCAGAUACUGUAACUGUUUGGUACCAAAAUGUUCUUCCUUAUUAUUUAAAUGAUUAUCAGCCAAAAAAUGUGUUUAAUGUAAAGGAGACUGGAUUGUUUUAUCGGAUGUUACCUAAUAAUACUUUUGCAUUUAAAGGGGAAACUUGUUCUGUUGGCAAACUAAGCAGAGAGAGAAUAACUGUAGUGGUUGGUACAAAUAUGGAUGGCUCUGAGAAACUUCCUUUGCUUGUUAUUGGCAAAAAUAAAAAUCCGCACUGCUUUAAAGAUAUAAAGUCACUGCCUGUGGAUUAUGAGGCAAACGAUAUGGCAUGGAUGACCUCAGAAGUGUUUGAACAAUGGAUGUGUAAACUUGAUGAGAGAUUUCAAGCACAGCAGCGGCGAGUAGUAUUUUUUGUUGACUCUUUCCCAGCUCACCCAGAGGUAAAGAAUCUAAAGUCUAUUGAACUGGUAUUCUUUCCUCCAUGCUCAUCAUCCAAAUUUAUAGCUAUGAAACAGGGAGUUAUAAGAAGUCUGAAAGUCAAAUACAGGCAUCGUCUUAUCAAGAGAUUUGUAGACUGUGUAGAAGGUAGUAAAGAAUUUACAUUGACUCUACUUGAUGCAGUUGAUAUGUUGCACCUAUGCUGGAGGAAUGUAACUCCAGAGACUGUUGUUAAAAGUUACAAAGAAGCAGGAUUCAAAUCACAAACGGGGGGAAAUGGUGACACAGACAGGGAGAUUGAAAGUGGUUUAGAUUUGAUUGCACAGGCAUUGGCAGCUGGGGUAGAGUUUCCAGAAGGUUUAUCUUUGGAGGAAUAUGCAGCUUUGGAUGAUGACUUGGUAACAUGUGAAAUGCCCACAAAUAAUGAAAUGAUACGGACCAAAGAAAGCACUUCAGUUAAAACUGAGUUGUUUGUUUAUGAUGAAGAGGAAGAUGAAGGUGAUGGAUCUCCAGGAAUUGAACAGCCUUUGCCAUCAAAAAAUGAGGCUCUGACUGCUUUAGAUACUCUUCGAAGGUUUCUCAGAAGUCAAGACAUGAAUGAUUCUCUUCAUAAUUCCCUAGCAGAUCUAGAUAAUUUUAUUCAGCAUGUAGCAUCUAAAUGA